AUGGCGUCUCGCAAAAGAAAGGUUGUGGCGGACGAGGACGAAGAUCAAACCAAGAUCGAUUUCGAAACAUCAGAAGAGGUUGACGUAGUGCCAACUUUCGACCAGUUAAAGCUUCGAGAAGAGUUGCUUCGCGGCGUAUACGCUUACGGUAUGUCAGAGUGCAAAGAAGAGUCACAAAUUGAAGUGACGCCACAGUGUGUCGUGUAUUUGAUCGUUUGUUCUGCAGGUAUUUAGUAACUUAUUUGUUUUCUAGGAUUCGAGAAACCUUCUGCUAUUCAACAGCGUGCUAUUAAACCUAUCAUAAAAGGAAGGGACGUUAUUGCACAGUGAGUAUCUGCGAGAAAUUAUCUUCGGCCAAAAUGGAGAGAGCUAGAAGCUUUAAUUUUCUUUUUGUUGGUGUUACCUGAAAAUGACGAAAAAAUCUUUAUGUAGUCGGUGUUGUAUGCUUUAAAAUAUUAAUAGAUUAAAGGAAAUAAAUCAACUGCAAGCUAUUGAAUUUCAUUGUGAAUUUCAGAGCUCAGUCUGGUACAGGAAAAACAGCUACUCUCUCCAUAUGUGUGCUUCAGUCUAUUGACAUACAGGUUUGUACGAUUAGCACCAUUAUAUUUCGCAUGCUGACAGUGUAGAGCCACCAUUAUAGCAUGUGGCUAGGAAUUCAAUUGUGAUUGUUUCGCCUGCAAGUUGAUUCGCCCUAUGUGAGGUUCCAGAAAAUAUCCAUACCACCCCUAUGGAAGCUAUUUGCCGUAUGACCCCCCCCCCUGCCUUCUGGAUUUUCCAAAAUUGGCCCCUAAAAUUUAACCCCCCUCCCGGCCAGAAUUUCCAAAAUUUUCACACACACCCCUGGAAAUAUUGCUAUCUCUAACUGAAGUGAACAAAGAAGUAGUUUUGUUCACUAGGAUGACAAAUUUUGUGAGUUUCAUGUAUUUUCUGUUGAAUUGUAUAACAGAUAAGCGAAUUCCUUAUGCAAACUCCUUAUGCGCUCAAGUCACAGACAAAUUGUGUGAGUUUCAUGUAUUUUCUGUUGAAUUCUACAACAGAUGCGAAUUCUUUUUGCCCUCAAGUCAUGAAGAAAUUGUUGAAAAAGUUCUUGGCCACAUGCAAAUUAAAUGCAAGGUCACGUAGGAAACAUAACUGUACUUUUCUUGCACUGUAUCAAGAAGAAGGCAACACUUGAAGAAGUAUAAUCAAAGAGAUCAGGACCUCUGCGCGCGAUAAGACAGUGUGGGUAUCGAAUUUCGUUCUACCAAAUUUGCAUAUUUGACUUUGCGGUAAAAUUGCGCAUCGCCGAUUUCAUUGAUAAGAAAAUUGUCAUGCAAAGUUUAACGUGCUGGAAAGGACUUCUUUGUGAUAAAGAAACAGUCAAGUGAAGAAGAAAUGCAUCCAAUUAAAAAAAAAUUUUGUGUGUUGUGUUCUCGACAUGCAAGGAAAAUGAAGUUUCGUUCUGCUGGCUCAUAAACUACAAAGGUGUAAAAGUUAAAAAAUAUUAUUUUCGGAAAACUUGCUGAAAGCGAAGAUGGCUACAAAGGGGCAGAGAUCCGUAACCAUUCAUGUAAUGAUGCAUUUGUAAACAAACUUCAUAACGUAUGUGACUUGGAGAAUAACAGAUUGUUCGACACAAGUGGCUAGCUAAGAAAUGGUUUUGCAAUGGAAACUCAGUUAAAAUUUAUCUUAAGUUGCUCGAACAGUCCACAAAUUCUUUUUCGAACCGUUCCAACGGAUAGCAAUUUUUUCAAAUGGAUAUCCCAAGCCGUUCGAACGAAUGACAAUUUUUUUCAAACGGAUGACAAUUUUUCCCAAACAGAUAACCUAAGCCGUUUGAAGAGAUGACAAUUUUUUUUGAACGGAUACCCCAAGCCGUUCAAACGGAUACCAAAUCCGUUCAAAAACGGCAAACCGUAAGGAAUGUUUUUGUGUGAGAGGUCACGCUAAGGAACUGACAAAAUUCGCUAUGUCCAUUAAUCCUUAGGUUUAGGAGCUCUUUAAGUUUUGUUGUGUUUUAUAUCUUCGCACAUACAUUUUUGUGUUUUUUCUUUGUUACUCUCUUACACACCACAAGAACCCUCUGGAACUAUUUCCCUGUGGUGACCCCCCUGUCCCCACUGGAAAAUUAGGCAAAUGGCCCCCCCCCUCCCCCCUGGAAAAUCCGAUCCCUUCCGUGGGGGUGGUAUGGAUAUUUUCUGGAACCACACAAUGUCGUUUUGUUUAGUGACAUAUGCAAUGAACACAACAGUGAACAUAGUUUAAUAGCAAAGAUUUUAAUAUUUUAGUUCAGCUUGGAUUUUAUGGCCAUGAAUGAAAAGGUUCAAUGAUCUAAAAAAUCUAGGUAUUUAUAUUUGAGAAAGAAUAGUUAAAACUCAAGUGGACAUAAUUUGAGAUAUUCACUGGAAAAAUCACGUGUGCAGUCACUGUUUUUUAUGCUUAUUCCUAGUCUAUAAGGCGCAUCAACUUUCGGGCACAUCAACUUUCUUGCAAAGUGACCUGAUACCGUGGCUAGGACUCAAAUUGAAACUUAGUGGUAUUACUACUCUCUCAUGGAAGAGGUAGCAUGUAAAAGCUAGCCAGGGCAGAGAUACCAACCUCUGCAAAUCUAAAAUCUGGAGACUCUCUUUUGCAUUCACCCACCCCCUUCCCGAUAACCACAAUUUGAUCCAGUCCCUAAUUUAUCACAGGGGAAUGGCUUAGGACAUUAUAUGCAGGGGUUACAUUAAGGUUUUGAACAGGAGGGCAACUGGGUUUGACUACCAGGCAAAGAAAUAGAAAGGGCCUUGCUCCCCUAGGGAGGACCGGGACAUGCUUCCCCGGAAAAUUUUGAAAUUCUACAGUUGCAAAAGAUGUGUUUUCCUGCAUUCUGAAGCUGCAGAUACUGUCUUUCAACUACUGAAAAAAGAUAUCUUUUCUAGACAAUUUAAUCAUGAUUUGAUACCAAUAUCCACCACACAAAUUAGUUCAUAAUCUUAUUGACACAUUUCAGAUGGUCUUUUAUGGAGUACAGUUCUUUUUGCAAUGCAUUAUGGGGCAAUUCUUGUUUUUAGCACAUAACAAACUAGGGGAUUUCAUGCCACUUGUGAUAAAGUGGAAAUUUGAUGGUAAAGUAUGUUUUGCAUUCAAGAAGACUCAUCAAGAAAAGGUUACGAUUGUAUAACUUACUUAAAACUUUUCUUUGAUUGUUCCUUGUAAUAAAAAAAAAGUUCUUUCAGAAGUUAAGAAGCCAGGGAAAGUCACAUUCACAGCUGGUCAAUUUUUCCGGUGCCCGGCCCUUUAUGAAACCCCUGUAUAUGAAGUCUUACAUGAGGUACAGACCAUCACAAUUUGCCUUUUUGAUUGUAAUGGUGAAAUGAUCUUUGUCAGUGAUGAAAUAUGUGCAAAAAUGCCCCAGAAACCAAUCAAAGAAAAUUCAAAUUUUGGGAGGAGAUGGGAUUAAUUCCAAAUUAAAGCUCAGAAAAGCUCAAUACUCAAUUUUAUCUUGGAGAUUUUGUGUCCCGUACGGCAGAGUGGGAGAUUGAUGUCGUAUCCAGGAGAAUUGGCAUGUAUGCCAGGGGUGAUACUGGCAUAUCAUCAGACUCAAAGAAAAGUAGCCAAAAUACCCUAGAUUCCUCCAGGUUUCUGUCAAAAAGCUUAGUAUGCUGUACUCCUUAGGACCAUAAGUUAUUGAAGGUGAAGACUAUAAAAUUGUCUGUAGAUACUGUUUCCCCCAAACAAUGGAGGGGUUAAACUGUAAACAGUAAAGUGAGAGGGAUAAUCAAAUGGGGGUAAAAAAUCUAAACCCAAGAAAAAUCCCUGGACCAAAAAUUAACCCCCCAAAAUUCUCAUGCCAAAAUUCUAUAAAGAAUAAAAAGUAAUGAUAUAACACGCAGGAGACUGAAUUUUUGUGGUUGUUCAUUUGUCAUACCAUGCUUAUCCAGUAGUCUAAAACUAGCAGCUGGCAUACACACGUUGAUUGCAAUGGGAGGCAAGGUCAUUGUCAAAUAAGACAAUAGUGGUUGAGAGUCCAAUACCUAAUUUCUUUUUUCAUUCAAAGUCUCCAAACAUUGUACAUGCAUUUUGAAUAAGGAUCUUUAGUUAAGGACCAUGUGAAGGUUGGGAAAAGGUAAUAGUAAUAAUGAAGUAAUGUUUUUUAUACACUUUUUUUUAUCAAAUCACUGUCAGACAAGAGAAACCCAAGCUUUGAUCUUAUCCCCAACACGUGAACUUGCUCAGCAAAUCCAGAAGGUAUGAAAAAACCUCAUUUAUUCUUUUCCUUAUUCAUUUGUGUUGUAUUGUUUACUGAACUUUAUGUCAUACCCUGAGAACUUGAGGUUUCUCACUGAAGUGCGAAGUUUCACCACUGUAACGUUAGAGAGUUAAAGUAACCAUUAUGGUGACAUUAAUGAGAUUGUAAUAAAAAUGAUAAUUGGUUUUAUGAGCAAAAUAACAGCUCUUCAAUUGCAUUACACAGUCACGUAUUGGUACAUAUCUUUGAUGUCUGCUGCAUGAAUAUGACUUGAAACUUCAUUAUGUGACUUUUUGUGGAUGACAUGGACACACAAAGUUAUUUGAUGAGUUAAUUUGCCCUGGCAGAUGAUAGGAAAUUUGACCAAAAUGUUUGUGAAUCAGUGAAUUAACUGGAGUAGACAAGAAGGUCAUUUUCCUAUAGUUACUGGCUAAAACACUGUUUGAUUGUGUAACUCUACAGGUAUGAUGAAUUGCAUUUAUUUUUAACCAUCUUUCGGGACAGAACUAUGGUGUUGAAAUGCAUGAUCUGACUUGAGAGUACACAGUUGAAUGAAGGGUAUAAACAGAAACCUAUAAGUAUAAAUCAUUAACAAGAGCAUAAUGUUCAAUACUGCUACAGUCAAACCCUGUUAAUACAGACACAGGUGCUAUAGGACGUGUCGGUAUUUACGGGGUGUCCAUAUUAGUCAAAAAUACACCUUUUAGUUAAUCAAAACACUACAGAAAUAAAACAGGACACAAGCAUCUUCAAACUCAACAUCUGUAAACUUCACUAAGCCGUUAUUCCACGGACUAUGUACAUGAAAACACUCAAAAGUCUUGACAAGGUCGCUCAUUAUACAUUACAUAAUCAAAAACUCUUCUCUGCAAAUACGCCUUGAUUGAUGUCAAAAUAGUCUAAAAUUGUCGUCCACAAUAUUCAUCCUACAUGUAUCUGGUGUACUAUAGCUCUGGGAAUAUCGACAUUAUGUCAACUGAAGGUUUUUUUUAACCUUCAAAAAAGAAAGGCUUAUUACAGUACACAGUGGACAAUAAGGUGUCUGUGUUAGCAAGGUUGACUUUUUAUGAGAAUCUGUUCAUUGAGGAAGAAAGUAGUUUCCGUUGUCCACAAUAAUGGGUGUUCCUAUUAAGUGGGUUGAAUUUUGAAAAAAAUGUAAGGGCUUUCCCCGGGGACAGAGAAAACUGUCUGUAAUAAUGAGGUGUCUACAUUAAGUGGGUGGCCGUAAAGUGGGGUUCGACUUUACCUCAUAGCUUCUGCACCUGUAUCUAUCUGUUAGAGGUCAAACUUAACUUGAGGUAACCUACUGGUAGGUUGAUUCUCAAUAUCCUUUGUCUCCUAGCCCUGAUUCAUGAAAAAUGAUAGGGCUAGGAAACAAAAAAAAUAGACUCAACCUGGGUUAAAAAAUUUUAACAUCAAUUUAAUUCUGACCUGUAACAUAUCCAUGGGUAUAAUAUUAUAGGCUACACCCUGCAACUAAAGAUCCGAAUUUUUGUAGGUAAUUCUUGCCCUUGGUGAUUACAUGAGUGUCCAAUGUCAUGCAUGUAUUGGAGGAACAAAUGUUGGAGAGGACAUCAGAAAACUCGAUUAUGGACAACAUGUUGUGUCUGGAACUCCUGGCAGAGUUUUUGGUAAGAUUUCUGCUCUUUGCUCCCCUGCGAGCAGUGAUUUCUCCAGGCCGGUUGCUAUGCUGUAUGAAGGGAGAGAAACCACUGUGUGCGACCAUUUGCUUCUUUGAUUAACAAGCUGCCGUCCCAUGCCAUGGAAGAAUAUGUUAACAAUCUUGUGUGAUCAUUUGUGCUCUGUCCAGGGCUCAAAGUUAGCAACUAACUGGUUGCAUAUGCGACUGGAUUUGUGGUUGUGCACCUAAAAAUUCAUGUGUAAUCGCACCUGUGCGCCGUAAAACCCAAAGCACAGUGCGACUGACCUACUUCCGACUAUACUUACGAACUCGAACUAGCUGCAAAUAUAUGCUACGAAGGAAACACGUACUUUUUGCGCAAUGGACGAUCAUGUCGAAUGUUCGUUUUUAAUGUCAAUCAAGACAAAAACAGUGCGGAUUAAGAGCCUUUUUUUCCAGGUAAGAAAGUUUUUUAAGUCGUAUUCCAGUUACAUGUAAGUCAUUGCGCAUUUAACAAAUUCAUUAAAGAUCAAUUUUCAUUCUCGUUCGACACACUCAUUGUUGUCAGUUUUGCAUUGUUUUUCAAGUGUAAGUUUUCUUUGGUCACAACUGUACUGUCAAAGAGAGAAAUUAGUAUUAAAAAUCACAGCGGUAUUACUGCGUAGCAAAUCGGCUGUGUUUUAUCAAUCACAGGACUGACAUAAAAGUAACAAACUGAAGAUGACAAAUAAACGUGGCACUGUUAAGGUUUUUACUUUUUCUUUUGAAAUAGAUGCUCCCAACAUUAUAAGCGGUGCUUCUAAAAUUUUCAGCUGUGCGCCUAAAAUUUCGGCAGUGCGCCUAAACAUUUACAUCUGGUAGCGCAAGUGCUCCCAAACUCAAAUUUGAACUUUGAGCCCUGCUGUCCACUAAUUUUUAAGAAGAAUAAACAUUAAGAGAGGAAGUUUGGUUUUAAGGAUUAACCUUUUUCUAUUUGCUUCAUACAGAUAUGAUCAGAAGACGGAACUUGAGAACUCGGUCAAUCAAAUUACUUGUGCUAGAUGAAGCAGAUGAGAUGUUAAAUAAAGGUAAAAAUUUCAAUUUGUGAAGCAGGUACAAAUGUGAUCCUUGCUAAUCUGUUAAAUUGUACUUUUAUUUUGUCAUUUCAGGUUUUAAGGAGCAGAUUUAUGAUGUUUACAGAUAUCUUCCCCCAGCAACACAGGCAAGUUUUUUUUUCUGAAAAAAAGCAAGAUAAACUUUCCUUGUGCCAGUGCUAUUGCUCAGAUUUUCUUAUUUUGUAAUAGUUCUUAACCCUUUAUUUUAUUGAGUUUAAUAAUAUCUUGAUUAUUUACAUGUAGGUUGUUCUUUUAAGUGCGACCCUUCCACAUGAUAUCUUGGAAAUGACACAGAAGUUCAUGACAGAUCCUAUCAGGAUUCUUGUGAAACGGUACUGGUCAAGUUUUUUUUCUCUCACCUCUUUUCACAGGGCACCGGUGUAAAAUAGAUUCUAUUGUACUGAGGCAAAAUUAAUAUUAUUUUAGUCACAACUUUGUUACUUGUGUAAUGUGAAACUGUGAAAGGUUUGAACCCAGUCAUUUCAUAAGUAGGUUGAGUAACAUGAUUGACCACGGUAAAAUGCCCUUGAAUUCAAAGCAAAGUUUCAACCCUCCAUAUCUUCACUUACACAACAAGGCAACCUCAUGUUAUAAUGUUUGUAUUUGUUUUUGUUAGUGAUGAAUUGACGCUGGAAGGUAUCAAGCAGUUUUUUGUGGCUGUUGAGCGAGAAGAAUGGAAAUUUGACACCCUUUGUGAUUUAUAUGACACACUGACAAUUACACAGGCUGUGAUAUUCUGCAAUACCAAGAGAAAGGUUAGUUACAGUACAUUAAAAAAUAUGUUAAAUUGAACAAGACCAAACCAUAGUGAAACUAACAUUAUUUAGAGAGGCGACACUUGACAUUUCCAACAACUGUUAAAACUGUAGCUCUCUAAUUGUUGCCAUUUGGGAGAUACUAUCCAGACUGGAUAACCAGAGGAGUAUCUGGAGAAAAACCUCUUGGAGCAGAGAAGAAAACCAGCCAUAAAUUCAACGCGCACGUGUCCUCGUUAAUUCUUGUUUUUGAACCCUGGUGGCACUGGUAGGAGUCAAGUGAACUCAUCACUGUGCCAUCCCUGCUUUAUAAGCAGUACUAGUGGACAGCAGAGUAAUAAGAAACACCUAUUCCUGUGGCAUAAAAGUGGGAAACUUAAGAGUAUUAGUGAUGAGAGAAGAUGUCUGUGUUAAAGCAUACCAAGAUGAUGAGGUGGUAGUGAAUAGGGAUUUUUUUCUUUGUUAAAAACAUUGACAUUGUGUCACAGCAAAAGCCUUCCAGUGAUAUUAUAUUACAGGCACAAAUCUCUACAGAUAAUAGUUUUUACUUUUUUUAGGUUGACUGGCUUACAGAGAAGAUGAGAGAAGCAAAUUUCACAGUGUCCUCUAUGCAUGGUGACAUGCCGCAGAAAGAGAGAGAUGCUAUUAUGAAAGAGUUCCGAUCUGGACAGAGGUAAGCUUUUUGGUACCUGUUAGUCUGGUUUUGCUUGCCUUGGUGCACAGUAAACACUAUAAUAGUAAUUAUUAUCUAGUUAUGCAAGUGGGGUGACCAGUGAUCAUUUAAACUGCUCUUUUUUCUCUGCAGUCGGGUGCUGAUAUCAACAGAUGUGUGGGCCAGAGGUAUCGACGUUCAACAGGUUUCUCUGGUUAUCAACUACGACUUGCCUAACAACCGUGAGUUGUACAUUCACAGGUGUGUUUUAACUUGAUUAAGGCAGAUGAUGCUGUGGUUUUUGGCUCCAGAUAUGUAGAUGAAAGUGUGUUUUACAGACAUAGAUGACCCAAUUUGGUGUUUGUUUGGCUGUGCAAACAAAGUAAAAAUUAAGGUUUCUACUGCCUUCAUGAAAUAAUACUAAUUCUCAAAAAUACUACAAUUAAUGUAAGAAGAGAUGGAGAUAACAUUGCAAUUACUAUCGACUACUUGUUGAGAGAAAAUAGAUUCCCUCAUUUCUCCCAAUUUGGGUCAUUAUAAUUGGUGAUGCCCUCUCAAAUUCAGCUUUGCACAUUCUUGUGUUAUACUCAAAGUUUUGUACACAGUCAUGUCAUGUGUUGCAGGAAGAUGUUAUAAAAUAUAUAUAAAAAAUCAAGUUAAGCAAAAAGACUUUGAUACAUCAUGAUUUUACAUUUUUUUCAAAUUCAACUGUCCAAGAAAGAAGCAAAAUAGUUGAGUUGUAUAAAAUGCAAAACUUUUUUCCAAAUAUUGUUUUUUUGUGAUUAUUAUGUGCUCAGCAAAAGAUGGUAAUAUCACAACAGUUUAAAAAUCCUCACACAAACACACCUUGAUAUCUCAGCCAGUCAGAGUGUGUGGAGUUAUUUUAUAAAAAGCUGCAUCCCACAAACUCCCUUAACCUUGUUGUACAAGUCAGUAGAAUAGAACUUGUCAUCUUUCAUCCAGUUUUGGUUGACCAAUAUCUGAAAUUUCUAUUAUAGGAUUGGCCGAUCUGGUCGAUUUGGUCGCAAAGGUGUUGCCAUCAACUUUGUUAAGUCAGACGACAUCAGAAUCUUGCGUGAUAUUGAACAGUAUUACAGUACACAGAUUGAUGAAAUGCCAAUGAACGGUAUG